GGUCUGGGGCGGUGGCGCCACCGCGUGACGUCAGCACGCGCCGACGGCGAUUGGCCGGGCGAUGUGGCGCGGUAUUACCAAGACAGAUCAGACAUUUUGUAAGGAUGCCUGAAAUAAAUACCGACCAUCUUGAUGAGAAACAGGUUCAACUCCUAGCAGAGAUGUGUAUUCUCAUUGAUGAAAAUGACAAUAAAAUUGGAGCCGAGACCAAGAAGAAUUGUCACCUGAAUGAAAACAUUGAGAAAGGAUUAUUGCAUCGAGCUUUUAGUGUCUUCUUAUUCAACACUGAAAAUAAGCUCCUGCUACAGCAGAGAUCAGAUGCUAAAAUUACUUUUCCAGGUUGUUUCACCAACACUUGUUGUAGCCAUCCAUUAAACAGUCCAGGCGAGCGUGAAGAGAAUGAAGCCAUUGGAGUCAGGCGAGCAGCGCAGAGGCGCUUGAAAGCUGAGUUAGGGAUUCCCCUGGAAGAGGUUCCUCCAGAAGAAAUUAACUAUCUAACACGAAUUCACUACAAGGCUCAGUCUGAUGGUGUCUGGGGUGAACAUGAAAUCGAUUAUAUUUUGUUUGUGAGGAAGAAUGUAACUUUGAAUCCAGAUCCCAAUGAGAUCAAAAGCUAUUGUUAUGUGUCAAAGGAAGAACUAGAAGAACUUCUGAAAAAAGGAGCCAGUGGUGAAAUUAAGCUAACUCCAUGGUUUCAAAUUAUUGCAGAGUCUUUUCUCUUUAAAUGGUGGGAUAACUUAAAUCAUUUGAAUCAGUUUGUUGACCAUGAGAAAAUACAUAGAAUGUGAAUGUGGAGCUGAAUGAUUACUGAAAAAUUUCUCAAUUUAGUAAACUUAAAAUAAUUUUUUUGUUUUAAAUUUGGUUCCCUUUUAGGAGAACUUUCAUGUGAUACAUUGAUACUUUAUAACUUGUGUGAAAAAACAACUAACUUAGAAUUUUGUAUCACACACCCCAUAUACAUGCCCUGCCUUUUGUAAAAGACAUUUGUGAGAGAUUAUUGUAAAAUGGGAGAGAGAACAAAUGAAACUUAAUUUAAUCCAUCCAAACACGUGGUUAUGACAAAUUUGAACAAGCGAAGCUCUUCAUUUUUGAUAUGUUGUGAUAAACCUUUUCACAACACUCGUAGAGCACUCUGCUAUUUGCUGAGUGCUCUAUAUAUCAUUAAAUUUUUAUCACAGUCCAGAACAGUGUGCAAAGGAAACUUUUUGCUCCGCUACUUCAAAACAGUUCUAAUCAACUUUCUGUAUUAACAGAUUAAACUAUAUAUCCUAAUUUUUAUCAUUCUAAGUUGAUUUUCUAGUUUAAUCAUUCUGAAAGUAUCAUUUUGAUACUUAAAGUCAGGCAUUGCUUUUGAUGAUAUUGGUUAGGAUAACCCUUCUUUGAAAUAGUAUUUUCCAAUUAGUAAAGGCUGUGUUUUCAGAAUUAUAGUGGGCAGAAAGGCUGUUCAUAAAGUGGGAAUUGAGUACUGGUCUACAACAGGGUUUUCUUAACCUUGGCACUGUUAACAUUUGGGCUGGAUACUUCUUUUUUGUGGGGAGGGUCCAGCCUAUGAAUUGUCAGGUGAUUAGCAGCAUCUCUGGGCUCCAUACACUGAAUGCCAUUAGCACACCUUCUCCCAUGACAAGCAAAAUUACACCAGUUAUUCCCAGGUGUCCUCUGGGAGCAGUCACCCCAGGUUGAGAACCACUGUUGUACUAAGGCCAUGUUAUAGGGAAAAAAUAACAGUGAGAAAGGCUAAUGUUCAUGUUACAUAGGUUCAGGUUACGGAAUAUGUGUAUAUUAAUAUUUAAAAUUGUACCUCGAUUCGUGCACUUUGAUAAAACUUGCCAUAGAUUUCUCAACUCUGAAAUCUUAAGACUAUUAUUCUUAAGUACUAUGUAAUAAUGAAGAGAAAAAUGUGUUUCUUACAAAGCUAAAUGUUUUAUAAAGUCAGCAGAAUAAUUCAUUUCUUGUUAACCCUGAGCAAUUAAUUUAUAAUUUUAGGUAAGACUAUUUAGCAAGUAUUUUAUUGAAAAGUAAAAACAAUGAAAAUUACAUUUUAGUACUGUUGUCUAGUUUGCUAAAAUUUUAAUACAGUAAUAGGCUAAUUUGCCUAUAGUGGCGAUAAAUACCAAAUAGUUUCAAAUGCACAUUUUUGUUCUUUUAUUUCAAAUGCAUUUAUAAUAUUUUUCUAGUUCUUCAGUUUUAUUGUCUAGGACAUUUUAGGCUGAAUGCCACACAUAAUUAGUUACUCCGUAGCUAUAUGUGACUAAUAGCUGCCAAAUUGGACACUGGAGCCUUAGAUUGUUACUGGCACUUUUUAAGCACUUAGCAAGUGUUAGAUAAUCACUAUUGUUACAUUACUAGAGUGCUGUUCCAGAACAUAUAUAUAAGUGUGAAUGCUUUUUGACCUGAUAAACUCCUUAGAACUCCUGUGCCUUUUGUAAAGAGUAAUAUUCCUCUCCUGGAAUACAGCUGCUUCAGACCCCAAAGGCAAGAACUUAGAUGUGUUGGUUUUGAACUUUAAAGUUAAUUGAAACUUAGUUUUUCUUAAACUGUUUAAAAUUCUUAGUCUCCAAAAUAAAUAAUUUUGAUUCAGACCAAACUAUUGCCAACUCCUUUAAGGACAAAGUAGCAGUGGCCUUUUGUAAGAUUGUUUAUUCUGUCCCUGUACCAACAUCAUCCAGAGAACGAGAGCAGAAAGGAAAAUUUGUGGGAGAAGGGAAGGAAGGAAAGCAAACUUUUUUUCUUACUUGGCCCCAGCAGAUGGAGUCAGGCACAGAUGACAGGUCAAGUCCCAGUGGCUCCCUGAAGCCCAGAGGCCCAUUACAGGCUCCUGGGUCCUGCUGCUGCAGUGGUUCUCAUGGGGGAGUCAUCCUUCCACCUGCUCCUCGGGGUGUUUGCUGAAUGGUUUCAUUCCCUCAGUUGGGUUAGUCGCAUCUGCUGGACCCUUGCCAGGGUUGGGAAUCCUCUCUAGGGUGACUUAUUACUUCAGAUACACUCUUCCUCACUCACCUUCCUCACCGGGUGAUUUUUCAGUCUGCACGUUCUUCUCACUCUUACGCAUGUUAGACUGAACUUGUAUGUUUGCGUGCAUUUAGACACCCUGACAGAUAACUUUCUACUUCACAGUUUUCACAUAUACUGUAUACUUAUCUACAUGCUUUAGACUCCCAAAUUUUAAUCUCCAAAAGAGAAUUCUCUCCUAUUCCUUCUUCAUAUACAUGAAUGAAUGGGUAAACUGGUAGAACCAGACAAUGGAAUAUUCAGCACUAGAAAACAAGGAGCUUAUCAAGCCACAAAAAGACAUGGAAGAAAGUUAAGUACAUACUAAGUGAAAGAAUCCAGUCUAAAGGCUGUGUGUAUGAUCCAACCAUGUGAUGUUCUAGUAAAGGGAGAACUGGAAAGAGUAAAAAGAUCAGUGGUUGCUGGGGUUUAGAAGGACGGAGCGUUGAACAGGUGGAGCACAGAGGAUUUUAGGGUAGUGAGACUGCUCUGUAUGACACUGCAGUGGUGGAUACAAGUCCUUGUGUGUUUGUCCAAACUCUCAGAAUGUCCAGCACCAAGAGUGAACCCUGAUGUAAACCAUGGACUUGGGUGAUAAUGAUGUGUCAUUGUAACAAAUGCACCUCUCUGAUGAGGAUGUUGAUAAUGGAGGAGGCUUGCAUGUGUUGGGUCGUGGGGUAUGUGGGAAAUCUCUGCAUCUACUACUGAAUUUUGCUGUGAAUCUGAACUAGUCUAAAGAAUAAAGUCUACUUUUAAGAAAUUCA